AACCAAUCAUAUAAUGCAAUCGAAAAGGAUCAAGGAAGUGAAAAUCAAGUUUUGGACCCUAAUUUUCAGAAACAACCUGCUGGUAAUUCGCAAUUGAACCCAGAAAUAACGAUUGAAGAAAGUGUAGCUCAAAGCUCUAGCUUUGAUAUAGAAGAAGACAAUGCAAUUAAAGGAUCAAACCUUUCAGAUGAUACAGACGCAUCUGUUUCUGUAAAAAAACCUUUAAACCAUGAAGAAAAUGGUGACCCAUCUGAUGAGUAUUCAGAUUCGGCCGAAGAAGCUGAAGAACAAAGAUUUGACACAUUAACUUCAAUGUUGACGAAAAGUAAUGACUCUAUCAAAAAAAACAAAUCUAAAAUCAAUAAAAAUUUACAGUUAAUUGUAAUAUUUCUAACCUAUUCCAAAUUAAAGGUUAAUUAUGAUCCUGUUGACGAUUCCAUAAAGCGCAUUUCUUCAGAUUUGACAGAUAAUUCUUUGCCAAGCAUUAGCGAAAUAUUGCCACCUCUAAUUCGAAACAAUAGUUCUACCCUUUCUCACUCUAAUAAUAUCAAAAAAGAUGUUGUAGAUAGUGAUAGGAAUGAUGUGCAAGCAAUUUCAUCAAUUAUCAACAGUCAAAAAAAUCUACCAUCAAAUAAUAAUCCAUUGAAUAAUCAGAUACGUAAGCCUGAAAUGAAAAUUGAAAAUGCAUCUUCGUACUUAGUACCAAUUGUUUUAAUAGAUAAUAACUCGGUAUAA